AUGAAGUGCACCAACUGCGGUUCGUCCGCUAUCGACUAUGCCGACAACCAGGCGGUCUGCUCGCAAUGUGGUGUCGUACUGGAAGAGUCGCAGAUCGUCAGCGAUAUCACAUUCGGCGAAAACUCGGCAGGUGGUGCUGUCGUGCAAGGUAGCAUGAUUGCCGCCGACCAGGCACGCGCCCGCGUCUCUGGUCCGGGCGGCUUCCGUGGAGGCUACGUGAGCGAGUCGCGCGAGAUGACCAUCUCGAAUGCGCGAAUUGGCAUCAACAACAUGGCUUCAGCACUCCGCAUCCCAUCGCAUGUCGCCGAUCGGUCGCUUCGCUUCUUCACUCUUGCACUCGACGGCGGUGCUUCCGCUGCCACCGGCGACGAGCCAAAAAACUACGUCCUCGGUCGCAAAUCAGAGUACACGGUCGCCAGCUGCCUCUACGUCGCUUGUCGAAUGGAGAAGACCACACACAUGCUUAUCGACUUUGCUGAUGCCAUCCAAGUCAACGUCUUCAUCCUCGGCCGAUCCUACCUCAAGCUUAUCCGUGUCCUCAACCUGCGUUUGCCUCUCAUCGACCCUUCCAUCUACAUUGCGCGGUUUGCCGCGUUGCUCGACUUUGGGGAAGAGACGCAAAAGGUGGCCUACGACGCUUCCAGGCUCGUUUCGCGCUUUCAAAAGGAUUGGCUCACCGAAGGUCGUCGUCCCGCCGGGAUCUGCGGCGCCUGCCUUAUGCUUGCCGCACGCAUGAACCAUUUUCGACGCUCGGUCAGUGAGGUGAUCCAAGUGGUCAAGAUCGCCGACGUCACGCUCAAGGCGCGUCUCGAAGACUUCAAAAAGACUCCCACCGGCCAACUCUCUGUUCAGGACUUUCGCAAUGUGUGGUUAGAGGAAGAACACGCCCCGCCAGCGUUUCUCCGUUCUCGUGAGCCGGCUCCCAGCAAGCGAAAGCGCAAGUCGUACAAGCAUAUCAAACUCGAGGGCGUGCUAGACGCAGAGGGGUCCGAUGACGCUGAUGCUGAAGGCGAAGAUGCUGCUAGCAGCGGCGCCAGAGCCGCGGAAGUGGACGACUUAAACGCGAUCGAUCCCGCUCUGGAAAAGGUUGUUGAUGAAGCCACUGAGCAGGAGAUCCAACAGUACCUGCAGCAGGGGCUCGCGCAAGAGCUCGACAAAGCGCUCGAGCUGCAAGAGCGCGAGCGGGCGGAACGCGCAAAGUCCGGUCAAGUUGGUGCAGCGGCAACCCAGACCGCCGCCAGCAACGACACGAUUUCCGAAGUUGCGCAACCGAUUCCAGAUGCUAAUGGGGCGGGACCCUCUGGUACGCGAGGCGACGCCUGUCUGGACGUGAGCCAGGCGGGCAAGCUGCUCCCUCUCGGCGGGCUCGGUAUGGAUGUCCAGAGUACUUUUGGAGACGAUGCAGACUCUGCUCAGAACGUCGGUGCCAACGAGGGAAGCGACGCAGCUCCCACCAACAGACGACGCAGUGUCGCUGCGCCCGUCGACGACCUGGCCGACCUGGACGAGGAGGAGCUGGACCGCUUCAUCCUUUCACCGGAAGAGGUGAGGAUCAAGGAGCGCGUUUGGAUGGAGUUCAACAAGGACUGGAUGGAGCAGAUGCUCAAGAAGCAGCUCAAGCUCGAGCACGAUCAAAAGAUGGGCGUACCCAUCCGUGAACCGUACAAGCGCAAGAAGCCCAAAGCGCCUCGCGACGCAUCCACUGCGAUGCACAACACGUCGGCGGCGGAAAGCGCCAAGAUGAUGUUGAAGCAAAAGCAAUUUAGUAAAAAGAUCAACUACGAUGCGCUCAACAACUUGUUCCCCGGUGCCAAAACACCUGGAGGUGCAAGUGGCAAGGGCGGUAAUCGCAAAGCAGCAAAUGGCAGCACGCGACGCAAGAGAGGCAAGAAGCAGCAAAGCAGCGAUGAGUCGUCGUCGUCUUCGUCGGAAGAUGAGGAGACGUCCCGGAAGAGCAACAAGGACCGCAAGGGUGCGUCUCGCAGCAAAAAGGCGAGCAAACCUUCGCAGAGCACCGGCACGGGUCACGGCUACUUUGAGUCGGACAACAACGAUUCGCAAGCCGAGAUUGUCGAAGAGGACGGCGAGUUGCUUCCGCCUUCGCACCCGUUGCGCAGGAAGGAGACGAGACUCAACAAGCGCGGUGGACAGAUGUCGUCUGCUGCUGAAGAGUCGGCGCAUACGGAUCUGGGCGAAGAGAUGGACGAGCAUGCGGAAGGCGGCGCGGUCGAGUUUACUGAUGCUGCGAUGCGUAGGCAGCUUGGCUACUUUGACGACGAUACGAUGGACGACGAUUGA